UUUCACAAGAGGAGGAAAAGUUUAGCAUCAUGGAAAUUCCGUAUAUGAGCAACUCGACCUUUGCUUCUUGUGAGCGAACUACUGGCAAAAUAAUACAGGGAUGUGCACAGGAAACUAUGUGUGCUGCUAUAGAAGAGGAGAAAAGGCAGGCAGAACUUCGCAAUGAUAAAGAUAAUGAUGGUUAUCACUGUAUAACUGUCAUUGUUGAUGGAGGUUGGUGUAAAAGAAGCUAUGGGCAUGGUUACAAUGCUUCAAGUGGCAUAUCUGUUAUUAUAGGCAUGGUCACCCAGAAAAUUUUGUUUGUUGGAAUUCGCAACAAAGUGUGCCUUAUAUGCAGUGCUAUUGAAGAUGGCAAGAUGCCAAAUAAAGUGCACCUUUGUUGGCGAAAUUGGAAUGGGCCUUCUACAGGUAUGGAAAGCAGUGCCAUUGUGGAAGGUCUGAAUUAUCUCCAGUGUGUUCACAAAAUACGUUGUACUCGACUUGUUGGAGAUGGAGAUGCUAACACAAUGGCCAAAGUGAAAGAAAGCGUUUCAUAUGGAGGACGGGUGAUCAAAGUAGAAUGUGCUAACCAUGCUGUUCGAAGAUAUCGCAGAGCUCUUGAGAAACUUCAGCAAAAUACUGCGCGCUUCCCCGGGGCUAAAGGAAUUGCUGCCCGUAAAUUGCUGAAAAUUAAAAUGCCACUGUUAGUCAGAGGUGCUAGAGUAGCUAUAAAAGCUCAUGCUUUACCUAGCCAUUAUCAGCACACACAAGAAGCUAUUGAUGCAUUAGUAUCUGACUUGAGAAAUGGGCCACAUCAUAUAUUUGGCAAGCAUGAUGCUUGUAGUGCUUUUUGUGCAAAGAAAGGUGCAGAGUUGGACAGCACAUACAAUGAAAUUUUUUCCUCGGGUAUGUUGCAAGCUAUUGAAGCAGAAGUGGGAAGAGUACUGAUAUCGUGUAGCAGUACUCUUAUUUGGAAUGCCACAAAUAAUCCUGCUGAAAGCUUCAUGAGUCAACUGUGUAAAACAUCUGGUGGAAAAAGAGUUGAUUUUUCCAAAGCUGGUGGCAUGAACAGGCGUGCGAGUAUUGCUGUCAUGGCCUAUCAAAAUCCAGCACAGCAGUGGCAAAAAAAUGCACAAAAAGCUGUAACAGGAAGUAGCCCCAGGACUCCAACUUUGAAAUUCUUAGCUUCCAGAAAUAAGCGCCAUGUAAAACGUCUUGAGAGACGUAGACUUUUUGACACUGAGAAGAAAAAGAGAAAUAUGAGGAAAGCAGGACAUAUUCAGCAAGGUGGGGAUAUUUCUUAUGGUGAUUUUCCUGAGAAACCAGACCUAUCAGAUGAAGCAUAUGAAUUGGCAGCUAAAAAUUUUUUUAUAUCAAUUGAAGUUCCAAAAAAAGAUUCUCUUGAGGCCGUAACACGUGGACAGUCAUCAUCUGAAAGAUGGCGUCAUGAAAGAUCAAGAAGAAUAUCAUCAUCCUUUUUCAAAGAUGUUGCUGAUAGGCGUCCAACAACACUCAGUGCUGCUUUAGUGAAACGUAUCAUAUAUAAUGAUAACGUUUCAACUAAAGCAUUAAAGUAUGGCUUGGCUAACGAAGCAGUAGCCUUAAAUCAAUACAAGGAAAAGCACAUGGGAAAAAACAUCAGACGUUGUGGCCUUUUUAUUGAUCCUAAAUAUCCCUUUCCCUUUCUUUGUACUUCGCCAGAUAUGAUGAUAGACGAAGAUGGAUUACUUGAAAUAAAAUGUCCUUAUACAGCCAGAUUCUCAGCAGACUUGUCAGACUUUUUCAGCAAGCCUAAUUCUGUUGGUCUUCGGAUGGAUGCUGAUAAUAAUCUUUAUUUACCGAAAAGCCACAAAUAUUAUUUUCAAAUUCAAGGGCAGUUAGCCAUAACAGAGAGGAAUUGGUGUGAUUUAUAUAUAUGGUGCAGAGAAGAUGCAAUCACAUUAAGAAUACCCGAAGACAAAACUUUCUGGAUCAGUUUAGUUCCAAAACUCGAAAAAUUUUACGUGAAUUGUAUUCUUCCUGAGCUUGUUGAUCCAAGAGCACCAAGAAAAAUGUCUCUUAGAGAACCGAAGUAUAUUGUUGAUGCUAGAGCACAGAAUGAGAAACAAAAACAGGCCACUGCUUCUGUAAAACAAACACAAGAAAAAAGAGAAAUUGAAAUUUCAGAAGCAGAUAAAAUUAUUUCAUCUCCUAGAAAGAAUGCAGGAGAGAAAAGAAUCAGGAAACCAAAAAUUAUUUUUGAUUUGUAAUCAGUAACAAGCCAAGCCAGCACACCGUAACAUUUUCUACGUCUGAAUAAAAACUAUGCCUGCAACAAAGCAUUAUGAUUAAAUCCAUACCUAAUUAGAAUAUUACCCCAUUUCUCUAAAAAAAAUAUGUUCAAAAAGUCUCUGCUUUCAGUAAUAGAUACGUCUGAUCAAUUCUGCCAUAAUUCUGUAAUCAAUACUUGAAGCUAGAAUCUCCUGUGCUGCACUGCCAUUGCAUCUCUUUUCUGAAUGUUUCAUCAUCCACUUCUCAUUCUAAAUAUUCCUGUGUGCUUUCAUUUAUAGCUGCUAACUUGUUGUGAACAUUUUCUGCACCACAUGUUAUAUUUUGCAGUGUAAAUAAUGCGUGCAAUCAUAUAUUUUG